AUGGCGCGUCUACGCAAACCGAGCCCGAACGAACCCAGUAUCUUUAUGCCGCCGUCCGAGACGAGAGCGAGCCGAUCCAGCCCUCGAAAAGCCACACUACGAUACGCAUCAUCGCAAGAAGAUGACAGCUCGAUACUUGUGCCAAAGAGGUCGAGGCGCACCGCACAAGACAUCAGCAUAUCGCAAGACGAAGAGCACUCCUUCCGCAUACCAUCGAUAGCAACGCCCAAGGAUGCGAUCAGCCCCCGCAAACAACGAGUGUUGCGACCGGUCGAGAGCAAUAGCCGACUCCUUCGAAAAUUGAGUGACGAAAGCCUGGCAAGCCCAGAGAAGAAACAAAGAGAGCGGAGAGUGCGAAGUGGAACAACAGAUACAGAUGUGGGAAAUAGGAAUGGACUCAUGUAUGCCAAAAGCCUGGCUAGAAGCGUGGUAAAAAAGCAGAACAAGAAGGGCAAGAUCAAUGUCGUAGGAGAAGUCGAGGCACAAGAAGCCGCCCAGAGGUCACGAAGCAGAGAACACAAGAGCACAGAGGAGGCAGUCGCGCAAGACGACGAGGAUGCCGAGGCCGAAACAAGUCUGUGGUGUGGCGAUGAGGAAGCAGAGACACAAGAAGAGGUCGCUGAACCAGUCAUCGAGAUCAGCGAGGAUGAUGAAGAGGACGAGCCUGUUGUAAAGUCACGAACAAACCAGCGACAACCGCGCACACGGCGCGUUGUAUCUGACAGCGAGGAGGACGAGAGUGAGCUAAGCGCACCACAGCCUACCAAGCAGCCUCAGCGACCAAUCUUCAAGAUUCCCGAACUCAAACCGCCGACUGAUUUGACUUCCAUGCGACCGCCACAUCGAAAGGGUCAUAAUACGAUAUCAAACUGGGCGCAGGAGGUUGUCGACCUCACCGACUCGCCAGAGGCCCCGGAAUCUUUCGUGCUUCCUGAACGCACCCACGCCCGAUCAAGCUCUUUCGCAGCAUCUUCUCGGCCCACUAGCUCAGCAUCGAAUGGUCCGCUUGCGAUUCUUACGUAUUCGCCCACACCUACCAAGCAACGCUCGCCCCGCAAAGCUCCGCCCAUCUCGCGACCAGCCACUCCUCCCCUAGCACCUCACAGUCCCACCAAGCUCGUCUCGCCCUCCAAAAAGAAGCCCGUGAUCCCCAAGGCGGCCGAUCUAGACGGAAGACCAAGCCUUGACGCGUUCUGGAAUCCUGCAGCUGUGAACGACUGGACUGACCGCCACUCGCCAGCUAAGCAGCUCGUGUCGCCCAAGAAGCAGAAAUGGAGGGACGACAUAGUCAAGAUGAUGGAAGGUGUUGCUCUAGAAGACAGCAGUGACGAGGGUUACGAAAGCCCCAGCGAGAGCCCCAAGAAGAAGCCCACAAUUCGGAAACCAGCUAAGGAAAAGACACCAGAGACUGAGCAGGUCCCGAAUGUCAAGCAGAUCCGUGAGCAACGCAAAGCCUUCGCCGAACGCAAGCACGCCAUAGCCGAAGCCUUCCUCAUCGAGCUCGACACCACAAUCUCAUCAGGUCGCAUUCACGAGCUCUCGAAACCCACAGGUGGUAUCAAGCUCGUCUGGUCCAAGACGCUCAAGACAACAGCCGGUCGCGCGAAUUGGCGUAGAGAGCAGAUUCGCAUACGAACCGGUCCCCUUCCCACCGACACGCGCGUUGAGAUCCGACACCACUGCUCCAUCGAACUCGCCGAGAAGGUCAUUGACGACGAGGAGAGGCUUUACAACGUACUUGCGCACGAGUUCUGCCACUUGACCACGUUCAUGAUAAGCGAAGUGCGCAACAACCCCCACGGAGCAGAGUUCAAGUCCUGGGGUCGCAAAGCUACCGUCGCGUUCGCCAACAAAGGCGUCGAGGUCACCACGAAACACUCCUACCAGAUCGAAUAUAAGUACGUUUGGGAAUGCAUCUCCUGCGGCUACGAGUUCAAGCGUCACUCCAAGUCCGUCGAUCCGGCGCGACACUCAUGUGGCAAGUGCAAGGGCAAGCUCGCGCAGACCAAGCCCACACCUAGGGGCGUUGGCGCUAGUGCUGCUGUAGGCAAGGAUGGCAAGAGGGAGAAGAGCGAGUACCAGGUCUUUGUCAAAGCCAACUUUGCGCGUGUGAAAAAGGAACUUGAGGCCGAGGGCAAGGAUGCGCAGAUGGGCAAGGUGAUGGAGGCUGUGGCCAAGCAGUAUAGAGAGAGGAAGGGUGCGGGUAGUAGUAAGGCGAAGGAGAUCAUUGAUCUAGAGGCUGCUCUGGAUGAUAUGAAGAUCUAG